AUGAAGUCCUACGCCCUUCUUUCUCUCCUUCCGGCCGUCCUGGCCUGCGCCAACCCCAAGACCAACGAGUGCGCCAAGGCCGUUGCCGCCAACGGCUCGUCUUUCUGCUCUUCCGUGAGCGAGACUGCUGAGCUCCCCUCGUGGGCUUCUGCCUGCAGCAAGAAGAACCUGGCCAAGGAGUGCGAGUGCCAGUUUGCCGCCGGCGGCGAUUCUGCUCCUGCUCCCGCCUCCGAGGCUGCUGAGGAGCCUGUUCAGACUCAGGCCCCUGCUGCUACUACACUUGCUACUGUUCCUUCUUCGCCCGCUGGUGGUGAGGCUACUGAGGGUGGUAGCUGCAGUGCUGCUGCUGUCGAUGAGCUCGUUGGCUAUGGUGAUGGAACCACUGGUGGUGGCAGCGGAGAGGGUGUCACUGUCACUUCUUGCGCAGACCUCACCUCUGCUGUUGCCAACGGCGGUGUCAUCAAGAUCGAUGGCCAGCUUUCUGGCUGUGACAUCAUCCGCCUUGAGGGCGACACCACCAUCCUCGGUGUUGGCUCCGGCUCUGGUCUCGUCGGUGGUGGUUUCCGCAUGAAGGACGUUUCCAACGUCAUCCUCCGUAACCUCAAGAUGAGCAACCCUCCCGAGGGCAAGGAUCUCAUCGAUAUUGAGAGCUCCACAUACGUCUGGGUCGACCACUGUGACCUCUCGGCCGAGGGCCUCACCGGCGACAAGGACCACUUCGACGGUCUCUGCGACGCCAAGCGCGGCUCCGACUUUAUCACCAUCAGCUGGACCAAGUUCUCCGACCACUGGAAGGCCAGCCUGAUCGGCCACAGCGAUAACGCCGGCGCUGAUGACACUGGCAAGCUCCACGUCACCUACCACCACAACUACUGGUCCAACAUCAACUCGCGUGCUCCCUCUGUGCGCUUCGGUACCGCCCACAUCUACAGCAGCUGCUACGAGGACGUUCCCACUUCCGGUGUCAACUCCCGCAUGGGCGCUCAGGUGCUCGUCGAGCAGAACUCGUUCAACAACGUCCAGCGCGCCAUCGUCACCAACCUCGACAGCAAGGAGGAGGGUUUCGCCUCCCAGAAGAACAACAUCUUCACCAACAGCGACACCCAGAUCACCCAGGAGAAGGAGUUUACUCCUCCCUACAGCUACACCACCGACCCUGCCAGCUGCAUUUGCGAGCUUGUCAAGGCCAAGGCCGGUACUGGAGUCGUCGCUUAG